CUCCUUCCAUCGCCUCGGGACUCGCAGCUUCCUCCGCGGCUUCCCUGUGCCAACCAACCCCCCAAAAGUUGUGAUGCUUUUCUUCACCCAGUGUUUUGGGGCUGUGUUAGAUCUCAUCCAGCUCGGGUUCCAGCAUUACAAGGCUAAACGGGUUUUCUCCGCUGCUGGGCAACUUGUCUGCGUCGUCAACCCUACGCACAACCUAAAGUAUGUGGCCAACCGACGAGCCGCCGCUCAGAGCACGCCCGAGCAAACUAGCUUCCACCCCCAUCACCCCACCCACCACCACCACCACCAUCAUCACCACCGCCACCUGCGCCACCACACCCACCACCUCCACCGCCAGGAGGCAGACGUGCACGCUGCCCACGUGACACCCUGCACCUGCCCCCUCUUCUCCUGCCAGUGGGAAGGCCACCUGGAGGUGGUGGUGCCCCACCUGCGGCAGACCCACAGGGUCGACAUUCUGCAGGGAGCGGAAAUUGUGUUCCUGGCCACGGACAUGCACCUGCCAGCGCCGGCUGACUGGAUCAUCAUGCACUCCUGCCUCGGUCACCACUUCCUGCUGGUGCUUCGUAAACAGGAGAGGCACGAAGGGCACCCACAGUUCUUUGCCACCAUGAUGCUGAUCGGGACGCCCACGCAGGCCAACUGCUUCACCUACCGCUUGGAGCUCAACAGAAAUCAUCGGCGGCUCAAGUGGGAGGCCACACCCCGCUCCUUCAUGGAGUCUGUGGACUCUGUCAUCACCGAUGGGGACUGCCUCGUCCUCAACACCUCCAUGGCCCAGCUCUUCUCUGACAACGGCAGCUUGGCGAUCGCGAUCGCGGUCACUGCCGCCAAGGUCCACCCCACAGAAGUCAAGAUCUGA